AAAGUUAAACAAAAAGGCCCAUUAAAAGCCCAACUACGUGUCGACAAAAAGAAAGCCCAAUUAUGUUUUCUUUGUACAGAACCCAAACACCUGUGAGCAAAAUCUGUUAUCUUCUGCUGUUUUUGUUGUAGUUGUAAAGCCAAAGGCAGAGAACGACGAUGAGUGCGAUGAAGCCAAGCCGGAGCGACGAAAUACCCGACCCGGAUCAACAGAUCAAGAACUCGAACCAGAUCAGAGCUGAUUUUGAUUCCUUGGCCCCUAAACGACCCACUAAACCCACCCGGAGCGAACCCGAGCCUCUCGGUUCGUUCUCUGCUUCCGACCAAACCACCGACCAUCCCGAGGCUGACAAGUUCCGAUCUCUCCAGUCACAAGCUCAUGGUAAUAUUCUGUGUGAGGGAGAUUCAUCUGCGAUACAAGAUGAGUUCUUGGAGACACAGUAUUACACGAAUCUCACCGCCAUUGAUAAGCAACAUCACACGACCGGAAGUGGGUUUAUAAAUGUGGUGAACGAAGACGGCGGUGAAGAGGCCGUGACAGCUGCUGCAGCAAUCGAAGACGGUGGAGAAAAGGCGGUUUACAGAAGUAAUCCGGCGACGAACGACUGGAUUCCUGCGGCGGAGGAAGACCAUGCUUCCGAGUCUUCGUCCAAGCCGAACCGGAGUGAGAGUUCUUGAAUUUUGGAUCUUCAAAAAUAUCUUAUCCACUUCCAGAUGUGAGCUCUGUUUCUUCAAAUUGUUGUGUUAAACUAUUAAAAUAAAUAAAUUACAUAAUAUAAUUUAAUGUUGUGAUAAGAACAACUUUUUUUUUUUU